CUGUUCAUCUUUCUUCGCACAGUAGUUCUCAGAAGAAGAAAGCUCUCUCUAUACGUAAGUAUCCUCCUGUUUACCUUUUCUUGGGCAUUUUUAUCCUUUUAUCUGACUUCCCCUCUGUCCGGGGUAACUACAGACUCCUCCUAUAAAGUGCUAUCUGGAUUGGUAGGGAUCUGUAGAUCUUGAUACCUUGUAAAGCAGGAGCAAUGUUUCGACAAAGGCUGCCUUUCUCACAAUUGUUCUUAGCCGCAGCGCUUGGGGUCGCUGGGGGCAUUUACAUCUACAGACCAUACUAUGAGUCACGACUGAAGGCCUUUGAACAGCAAAACAAGGAUGUGCCGAAGAAAGGGAAUGAAAUGGACUGAAGCAC